AUGUCUCGAGGUUCAUUUCCCACGACUAGUUCGGAAACCCUAGGUAAAGGAGCACUACAAACUUCCUCUCGGACACAAACCAAAGAAUUGAAGACGACUAGCGGACAUUACAGCAGUACUGGUGAGGACGUCGAAGCACAGGCGAGCAAACGCCAAUCCAGGCCAAGAGCGUACUGGAGUUUCAUUCGGUAUACAGUACUCAAUGUCUACCGCCGCCUGUUCACUAUCAUCUUCCUCGCCAAUCUCGCCGUGUUUAUCACAAUCAUGAUUACUGACCAAUCCUCCCUCUUGGUUUUUGUCAAUGCAAUCGCGGCCAACUUGACCGUUUGUGGUCUAAUGCGGCAACCAUUGAUAGUGAAUACGAUAUUCCUGGUGAUCUGCUCCAUCCCCCGAUCAGCUCCGCUACGACUACGACGAAUUGCAUCAAAGGCCUUCCAUUUGGGUGGUGUACACAGUGGAUGUGGAAUUGCAUCAUUCGUAUGGUACAUCGGACUAGUGGCCUUGAUCUCCAAUUUCGGUCUAGGAAUCCAACUCGCUAGGAACCCCCUGCGGGACUGGCAUUCAUUUGCAACUUUUCCGGAUACUGCGGUUGAGACAACUUUAAGUUCAGGAUCGAAGUCCCCUACUUCGUUUUCCUGUCUGGUAUCGAAAGCAGGUGACUGGACAGGCGAAACCAUUGAGCAUCCGCCUCAAUACCUGUGGAAGCGGGGGGUUCUAGUCCACGGCUUUGCAUACGUAAUGCGUCUCUAUGAAAGGAUCAUUGUGGUUACGACAGGAUCCGGUAUCGGGCCAUGUCUUUCAUUCCUCGGUGAUGGUAAUAGGCCCGCGAUGCGAGUAGUGUGGCAAACACGCUCGCCACUCAAGACAUAUGGACAGGGGAUUAUCGAUCUAGUCAAGCAAAUGGAUCCUAACCCACUGGUCAUGGAUACUGAUAUGACCGGUCGUGUCGAUAUGGUGCCCAUAAUUGAGAGUAUGGCGAUGGAGUUCAGGGCCGAGGCGGUCUGCGUGAUUAGCAACCCUAAACUGACCAAAAAGUUGGUGUAUGACUUGGAGACGAGAGGUUUAGUGGCUAUGGGGCCGAUCUUUGAUUCGUGA